AUGCCGCAUAGUAAAAUCGUCGACUUGAAAAUUUGUAUCGACAGGAUCGACCUCGCUGAGAUCGGGCUCGAGGAUCUACAAUCAAAGAUCUCCAUCAUCACAUCUACAACCCGAAGCCACAAAUUUCUCCAGGGACAACAGCGACAAUUUUCGCUCGCACACACAGUUCUUGAUCAGAAUGAGGUUCUUCUCGAUGAAGCGAUGAUUAAUGUUAAUUCUUAA